ACUAACAGUUUGAAGAAAGGUUUGGCGACGGUGGUGCUUGUGGAGAGAGACGGCUGGGGCUUGGAGUAGCACCACUGAAGUGCACCAGUCGUUCCUUUCAAUUUCCGAAUUAUUUCCCGUGGCUCUGGUGAAUAACAAUUAUAGCAUGCAAUGACUUUGCACUCGUGGAUACAUCAUCCGCUUUAGAUUAUUUGAUUGGUUUAUAAUUUUUUUCGUUUUAGGUGAAUGGCGAGGAUACUUGAGGUACAAUCGAGAGUGAGUGGUUUUGACAAUAUAUGUUGCUGCAAUAUGGUAUGCAACCUAAAGGCUUAUGGAAUAUAGCCAGAUUUCUCACAAUCUGUAUGCGUUCUCAUUCAGCCCGGUUAAAAAUAAAUUAUUUCUGCUCGGCAUCAUGUUUUUACUCUGGGUAUAUAUGCUCUACUCCUGCGUGGGCUACUGCGCCCCCAUGCCAAGUUUAGUCGUGGACAAUAACCGGGGAAAGGAGACUGGGACGGGGUCCGUGGUCGGUAAAAGGACCGAGAAUAACGCCAGAGCGGACCUCAUGUCCAGACUACUCCCUAUCCCACCCUGGGUGGAUAUAGAAUCCGAUUACGACGAACCAUCCGUACGGACCUCCUCCAGAGACCUGCUCAAUAAAGAGAUAGACGCGUACAGAGGAGUUGAGGACUGGGGGGAGAUGAGGGGUGAGGGGCAGAGAGCUCCUGAACCCGGUGCGAUGUCAAGUUUCUCCAACGACUUGGGGAGCAAGAAACUGCCGCAGGCGAUCAUCAUCGGGGUAAAGAAAGGAGGGACGCGCGCGCUGCUCGAGUUCCUCCGCGUGCAUCCAGACAUCAGAGCUGUGGGAGCCGAGCCGCACUUCUUCGACCGCAACUACGAGAACGGACUGGAGUGGUACAGAGAGCUGAUGCCCAAGACCCUGGAGGGCCAGAUCACCAUGGAGAAGACCCCCAGUUACUUUGUGACCAGAGAAGCCCCGGCCCGGAUCUCCGCCAUGUCCCGGGACACCAAGCUGAUCGUGGUGGUGAGGGAUCCCAUUACCAGGGCUAUCUCUGACUACACACAGACACUGUCCAAGAACCCAGACAUUCCCACCUUCGAGAGCUUGACCUUCAAAAACAGGACUACGGGGCUCAUCGACACGUCCUGGAGCGCCAUCCAGAUCGGCAUCUAUGCCAAGCACCUGGACAACUGGCUACAGUACUUCCCCAUGGGCCAGAUUCUGUUCGUGAGCGGGGAACGUCUGAUCAGCGACCCGGCCGGGGAGCUGGGCAGGGUGCAGGACUUCCUGGGACUCAAGAGGAUCAUCACAGACAAACACUUCUACUUCAACCAGACCAAGGGCUUCCCCUGCCUCAAGAAGGCUGAGGGCAGCAGCAAGCCACACUGCCUGGGCAAAACCAAAGGGCGGACCCACCCCAACAUCCACCCAGAGGUGGUGCAGAGGCUACGGGACUUCUACAGGCCUUUCAACAUGAAGUUCUACCAGAUGACAGGACAUAACUUUGGUUGGGAUUGAUGGAUGUGAAUUUGGGAGAACACAUUGUUUAUUUUAUUUUCUGUCAUUCAGCUCAAGAACAGAAUCUGUGUGUGUGUGUGUGUAAGAUGUACAGAAAUCUAUUUUAUAAUAAUUUAUUUUUUAUUUCUAAGCAAUUAAUUCACUAAGCUGCCUAACCAUAUAUGUACAUGCAUAAUAUCUGGCCCACACUUUGUUUUAUAUUUUUUACAUUCCACCCUUAAUGUUUUUUUUUCUUUACUCUUCACUUAAUGGUCCCUCAUGUCAACUCAGUAGAGUUAAAAUGGUCCCUAAUGUCAACAGUAUAGUUUAAGUAAGAAUAGAGGGAUAUUGAUAAAGGCCCCGUUUUAUGGGUAUAGAGUGUUGACAGAACAGUAAUACAAAUCAAAUCAAAUCAAAUGUAUUUAUAUAGCCCUUCGUACAUCAGCUGAUAUCUCAAAGUGCUGUACAGAAACCCAGCCUAAAACCCCAAACAGCAAGCAAUGCAGGUGUAGAAGCACGGUGGCUAGGAAAAACUCCCUAGAAAGGCCAAAACCUUGGAAGAAACCUAGAGAGGAACCAGGCUAUGUGGGGUGGCCAGUCCUCUUCUGGCUGUGCCGGGUGGAGAUUAUAACAGAACAUGGCCAAGAUGUUCAAAUGUUCAUAAAUGACCAGCAUGGUCGAAUAAUAACAAGGCAGAACAGUUGAAACUGGAGCAGCAGUACAGUCAGGUGGACCGGGGACAGCAAGGAGUCAUCAUGUCAGGUAGUCCUGGGGCACGGUCCUAGGGCUCAGGUCCUCCGAGAGAGAGAAAGAAAGAGAGAAUUAGAGAGAGCAUAUGUGGGGUGGCCCGUCCUCUUCUGGCUGUGCCGGGUGGAGAUUAUAACAUAAAAUGGCCAAGAUGUUCAAAUGUUCAUAAAUGACCAGCAUGGUCGAAUAAUAACAAGGCAGAACAGUUGAAACUGGAGCAGCAGUACAGUCAGGUGGACCGGGGACAGCAAGGAGUCAUCAUGUCAGGUAGUCCUGGGGCACGGUCCUAGGGCUCAGGUCCUCCGAGAGAGAGAAAGAAAGAGAGAAUUAGAGAGAGCAUAUGUGGGGUGGCCCGUCCUCUUCUGGCUGUGCCGGGUGGAGAUUAUAACAUAAAAUGGCCAAGAUGUUCAAAUGUUCAUAAAUGACCAGCAUGGUAGAAUAAUAGUAAGGCAGAACAGUUGAAACUGGAGCAGCAGCAUGGCCAGAUGGACUGGGGACAGCAAGGAGUCAUCAUGUCAGGUAGUCCUGGGGCGUGGUCCUAGGGCUCAUACUCCAUUCAUGUGCAUUCUGAUUUAAACAUUCAUUUUCAAUAGACAUCAUCAAACCCUUCCCCAAUAGCCAUCAUCAAACCCUUCCUCAAUAACCAUCAUCAGACUCUUCCUCAAUAGCCAUCAUCAGAUCCAUCCUCAACAGCCAUCAUCAGACUCUUCCUCAAUAGCCAUCAUCAGACCCUUCCUCAAUAGUCAUCAUCAAACCCUUCCUCAAUAGCCAUCAUCAGACUCUUCCUCAA